AUGGUACCGGUAGAUGCACUGGUGUACAAGCUCCUCACCUUGGGGGCUCCAAAAGCCGCUCGCUGCAGGAAUGACUUCGUUGCUCUGGUGCUGCUGACGAUUUGGACUACUGGCCUCUACGACCUCUCGGAGGCUGGUGGGACAGAUGCAGACGUCGUUCUGUUGUGCGCGUCCUUGGAGUGGAUCGAGUUCUAUGCUGGCUCAGCUCGGUGCACUUCAAAGGUGCGCUUGAAAGGUUACACGGGGGAACAUCGAAACGAUGUGCUUGUGACCCAUGGGGAGAUCGAAGCCGACCUUCAGUUCGCGAUCUACCCAACGCCCUUUGCUGAAGCGGUGGCAGACAUCUUCGAGGAUUUGAGGUCGUCGGCUAUGGGUUGCCCCGCAGUACCGGACAUGCCUAGUGGAUCGGGUCUUGAAGCCUUUAAAGCAGCGCAAACGCCAGCAGAUGUGCAGCGGCUCUUCCGGCAGGCGGACCUUAGGUCUGCCUACGAUUAUAUGAGAGGAGGAACCCAUCUACAGAUCCCUCCUGAGUGGAAAGCCCUGUUCCCUGCUAGACACAGAAAGAGGUCUUGA